AUGUGUAACACAACCGUCAACCCGGAGCCCAUCAUUGAGCCUGACGACGAGGUGGGCGAUGAUCUCGAGUCUUCGCUCGGCACGGACUUUGCUUCGUCAUCGUCAAGUCUAAGGAGCUCUAUCCUUAGCUAUCGACAGGAAAAUGGGAGAACCUACCACCAAUACAAAGACGGCAGUAAGGCUACCUUCGCUGUUGACCUCAUCGACUGGGUUCUGAUUCGCCGUCUAGAAUACAACAUGCCUAACGACGAUCUUGAGUGUGAGAGACUAGGUGAUUUCCAACCGCCCUCCAGAUUCGUAAUGCGCAAACACUUAUUGAAGCCAGAUUUGCAACAUCAUCUGUUCAUCCUCACCCUAGAUGGCCGACUGGGCCUAGCACCACCCAACGACCCCGACUCCAAAGUCAAGCGGGUCCUUGAUGUUGGUACGGGCACAGGAAUCUGGGCCGUGGACUUUGGCGAUGAGCAUCCCGAAGCUCAGGUCAUUGGCGUUGACCUCUCCCCGAUUCAACCCAGCUUCGUCCCUCCAAAUGUCGAGUUCUUCGUCGACGAUAUUGAAGAGCCGUGGUCGUUCUCUCAGCCUUUUGACUACAUCCAUAGUAGGAUGAUGACCUUCAGCAUCAAGAGUUGGCCAGAAUACAUUCGCAAAAUCUACGACAACCUCGCCCCCGGCGGCUACGUCGAGCUCGUGGAGAUCGACCUCAAGAACAAAUCCGACGACGGCACUCUCACGGAGCACCAUGAGCUCUCGCGGCUCGUCAGGCUCCUGGACGAGGCGUCCAUAAAGAUCGGCCGCAGGUUCCAGGACAAUAGGAAGAACAAGGAUAUUCUGCGGGACACGGGCUUUGUGGACAUUGUCGAGACUACCUUCAAGUGGCCGAGUGGGCCUUGGCCGCGGGAGAAGAAGUACAAGGAGCUCGGCCAGUGGAGCAACGCCAACAUGGAUGCGUACCAGGGCCUUGAGGCGCUUGUCAUGGCUGCAUUUACUAGGGUGCUUGGGUGGACCCAUGAGGAGGUGAUUGUCCAUCUCGCAACGGUCAGGAAGGAGUUAGCUGAUAAGAGGAUUCAUACAUAUUGGUCGAUAUACUCGACUUAUGGGAGACGGCCUCUUGAAUAA